ACGGGGUCUCCCUGCAGGGCGGCCGCCAUCUUGACAGCGGGCUGCCCGCUUCCUAGAUGGCCGCCGCCUUCCCGUCGCGCGGCCUGCCUGCCCGGGGAUGACGGGCGCCGCCUCGCUGCUGCUGCUGCUGCUCCGGCGCCGCGGCCUCCUCCGGCCCGGGGCUCCUCUGCCGGGCGGCGCUCCGGGGGCCCUGGCGCGCCGCUGGACCCGAGUCCCCUGGGAGCGCCGGCCGGGCGGCGACCUUCAGCCCCGGCUGCCCGGCGCGCUCUCGAGGGGCUGCUGGGCCCGGCCUGCGUGGACCCCCGCCCGGCUGUGGAGGCUGCUGGAUCAGAGGUACCUGGCCUUGACUGCGGGCUUCCUUACUGGUGGCACCUGCUGCUAUUUUUCUACAUCUGGUUCUCAUCGCAAUGACCGAAACGGGGGAAAGCCCAAAGGGAAAUCCCCAAAGGAAGAUGAGGAGGAAAAGAGACGCCGGGAGAGGGAAGACCAGAUGUAUCGCGAGCGGCUGAAGGUCCUCUUCUUCAUUGCCAUCAUCAUGAGCCUGCUGAACUCGCUGACCACCAGCGCGGGAAGCAUUUCCUGGAACGACUUCGUCAAUGAGCUGCUGGCCAAGGGGGAGGUGCAGAGCGUGCAGGUGGUGCCGGAGAGCGAAAUCGUGGAAAUCCAUUUGCACCCGGGGGCCGUGGUCUUUGGGUGGCCUAAGCUGAGCCUGACCUACGUGAUGAAGGUGGCAAACAUCGACAAGUUCGAGGAGAAAUUGCGAGCGGCUGAAGAGGAGCUGAACAUCGACCUGAACGACCGGAUCCCCGUCUCUUACAGGCGCAGCAGCUUCUUUGGAAAACCUGUCUCCAGAUGCCAAGGCCUGACCUUCUUAUGCUCCUGUCUUGGCAGUGCCCUCUACACCUUGGGAAUGACUGUGGUGAGCGUUGGCAUUCUAUGGUACAUUUUUCGGCUGGCUGGCAUAUCAGGAAGGGAAGGCGCCUUCAGUGCCUUCAACCAGCUGAAAAGGGCUCGCUUCACAAUCGUGGAUGGCAAAUCUGGGAAAGGGAUCAGUUUCAAGGAUGUGGCAGGCCUGCACGAGGCCAAGACAGAAGUCAAGGAGUUCGUGGAUUAUCUGAAGAGUCCGGAGCGCUACCUCCAGCUAGGUGCCAAAGUGCCCAGAGGGGCCCUCUUGCUUGGGCCACCAGGCUGCGGCAAGACCUUGUUGGCAAAAGCGGUGGCUACGGAGGCCCAAGUGCCAUUCCUGGCAAUAGCUGGCUCUGAAUUUGUGGAGGUGAUUGGCGGCCUUGGCGCUGCCCGGGUGCGGAGCCUCUUCAGGGAAGCCCGGGCAUGUGCCCCCUGCAUCGUUUAUAUAGAUGAAAUCGACGCGGUUGGGAAAAGGCGUUCGACAAACAUGUCUGGCUUCUCCAACACAGAAGAGGAGCAAACCCUGAACCAGCUGCUAGUAGAAAUGGACGGGAUGGGGACCACAGACCACGUCAUCGUGCUGGCAUCCACCAACCGAGCUGAUAUCCUGGAUAACGCUCUCAUGAGACCCGGGAGGCUCGAUCGCCACAUUUUCAUCGAUCUGCCCACCCUGCAGGAGAGAAGGGAGAUCUUCGAGCAACACCUGAAGGGGCUGAAGCUCUCCCAGCCCAGCAGCUUCUACUCCCAGCGGUUGGCUGAACUCACCCCAGGCUUCAGCGGAGCUGAUAUUGCCAACAUUUGUAACGAGGCGGCUCUCCACGCUGCCAGAGAGGGAUACAAAUCCAUCGACACGAUCAGUUUUGAGAGUGCUGUGGAGAGAGUAAUUGCAGGAGCUGCCAAGAGGAACAAGAUCCUUUCGCAGGAAGAGCGGAGGGUGGUGGCAUUCCACGAAUCAGGCCACGCCUUGGUGGGCUGGCUGUUGGAGCACACCGAAGCAGUGUUGAAGGUGUCCAUAGCUCCCCGCACAAACGCUGCGCUGGGCUUUGCCCAGAUCCUGCCCAAGGACCAGUACCUCCUGACCAAGGACCAGCUCUUUGAGCGGAUAUGCAUGGCGCUGGGGGGCAGAGUCGCGGAAGCCAUCACCUUUAACAAAGUGACUACGGGGGCCCAAGAUGAUCUCCGGAAGGUCACCAGGAUAGCCUACUCCAUGGUGAAACAAUAUGGAAUGAUGCCCACCAUCGGCCAUCUGUCCUUCCCAGAGGCAGAAAGCGGUCCGGGGAUUGGACGGCGCCCCUUCAGCCAAGGACUCCAACAAAUAAUGGACCAUGAAGCGAAGUUGCUGAUAGCCCAAGCGUAUAGGCGCACAGAGAAACUGCUGUUGGACAACCGGGACAAACUGAAGAUGCUGGCAGAUGCCCUGUUGGAGAAAGAAGUGAUCAACUACGAGGACAUUGAAGCCCUUCUUGGCCCUCCCCCCCACGGGCCCAAGAAAACGAUCUCUCCCCAGAGUUGGAUUGAAGCCGAGAGAGACAAGCAGGACAGAGGAGAGGAAGAGACGCCUCCCCCGUUGCCCCCCUACAAGGAGGAGCAGGAGCCUCACCUGAGCUCCGUUUGAGUGGCCGGUUGGAUUCAGGUUUUUCUUCCAAACUUAGAAGUGCAAAGGGUGCUUGUUUUUGCAUCCUGAAUCCAGCCCAGUUUGGAUGUGGGCAGUAGGCAGGCCAAGCGGUGAACAGUUCCGGAAGCACCAUCUUUGAGACCCCUUUAGUUUUGGUUCAGAACUGGUCUGAGUGACCUGUCCUUCAUGGAACAAACCCAGCUCUCUGCCUGGGGUCUCCUGCUUAGCUGCCCUCCCUAGAACCAUUUGAUUGCUAUCUCAGUGCAGAGGCAUGUUAGAGAGUUUCAAAGCAGGCCCUUGCAUUGCAGAGUUGAGAAAAGCAACUGUUUUAGUCCCGCUGCGCAAGCGCCCCCUUCUGCCAGGCUCCGUCACUUCCUGUGAUCAGUGUCUGCCACCUAGUGGUCUGCUGAGGAACCGGCAUCACGGUUUGUUCUGGUGGAGAACUCCGGUUAAGCCACUCAGUUCCUGCCUGGUGGUGGUUGGCAUUUUCAAGGGGAACCUGACUAUAUGCAGCACAAUUGAAUGGUUCUUGGUGAGGGAGCAAAGAAUUGGGGCUCAGCAGCAUCUAAAGUGAAGCCACAAGCUCCCUACGCUUGUCUGCAGCCUGGCAAUAUCUUCGUGAAAACCCAUUUCUCAAAUUUAGGAACCGCAGCAUAAAUGAAGUGGAAUUUUAGAGUAUAUACAUGUAUUUGCCUUUUUUUGUACGCUGGAAGAUAUUGUAUCUGGUUUUCAACGGGCUACUGUAUUUCAAUAAAGAUUCAGAAGUGCUGCAGAU